CUAAUAGGAGGAGAGAGGGAAGACUGCAGCCCAGCCCCCCAAAAAAACUAAAUGUAAUGUUUAAUUACACUUAAAAAUAACAGAAAGCUAGAUGUAAAUCACCUAUCAUAAUACUGUUUAUGGAUAUCUGGCAUUUGAUGAUCUAACAGUGUAUGUAUGAUUGUAUCAGAGAAGUUACAGCCUCCCUAAGCUUAAAAUAAUACCCUGCAAAUAUGCAAAUCCUUGUUCAACCUACUGGUAUGUGACCCAACAAGUCUGAAGUUAUGCAGAACUGGGUAGGAAAGGUUAUUUCAUUCUGAAAGUAAAUGGUUGACCGGACUUAGAGCCUUGGGCAGGAUCCUAUCCGUUUGCUAUUGUCUCCAGCUCCAGCGAUCCCCUGAGAAAAUCCAGGAAGGAAAAUGGCUGGAUUUCAGACAAAGCAGCCACUGCUUGGAAUCUUCUCCAGAAAUGAUCAGCCCAAGUAUCAGUGGUUGAUUGACUCGGCAUACUCAGCUGUCCCAGACAUCCGACCGGUGCACAUUACCAAUGACAGUGGCGAGGACUUCAGAAAGAUGGUUCACAAAUGCACCUUUGCCAUUCUGUAUCACACAUUGACCAGGGGGAGGAUGAACAUCACCAAUGUGACAGACUCAUUGUACGACGUUGAACUUCAAUAUUUGCACGAUAUCCUAGGAAAGGAGAAUGUGAUUGUCGUCAUUGAUGACCUGGAUGACAGCAGCCCUGGUGAGAAGGACAGAAUUCUAAAGGAGCAGUCAAGGAUAGGACAUUUAGCAAGAGAUCUGUUCCUAUUCAGCACCACCGAGAAAGAAAGGAUACCUCUAUGUAAUCAGCAGAAGAAUGUGAUUCUUGACCCCAAAGUGGCACACCUCAUGAAAAUAAUAAAAGAUCAUCAAAGAAGGAGACAAUGUGGCAUAUGUUACCCAUGCAUAAUACUUGCUGCCAUUGCUACUGUGCCUCUCAUUGUUGGUGUACUAAUAUACACUGGCCAGAUUCCGUCUCUAAAAUGACUAGUAGAACUCACAAAAUGACUAUGAACAUGACAAAGGUGUUUAGAAUGGAGUUCUAAAGGAAAGCAAACAGGUUUGUGUUUGGUCUGGACACUAACACCUUCUGACUUAUUUACAGUAAAUUAUGCACCGCACUGAUGAGGAGAUAUAUCCAGCAUUUCAUGUGACCAAGUAGAGCACCUUCUAUGUCAAAUCAGAUGUCAUGUCAGGCAUAUGGCAAUCCAAUUUUCCCAAAUCUUGUACUUCUGUGGCACACGCCAACAAAGUGUCACAUAAAGCUGCCUAAUCACAGGGGGCACUCAUGGACACCAGGGUUUGGGGUACUCUUCUGUUUAUAUUAUAAUCUGGAGGCCAGCAAAUAAUAGUAAGACUGAGAUCAGAACAGGACCAAAAUAAUUCACAAAAAGAGUGUGGGAUAAAACCAGGAACAGAAGAAAACCAGACAAGGAACAAGAAGACAAUAAAGGUUGCACCCUGGAGUUUUCAGUUCUGAUGUAUAAUGAAAGGCAAUGAGUAUAAUUUAAGGCAAUAUGAAUGGUGCCUGAUACAUAUAGUACAUGACUACAACCAACAACCAUGUUUCAGACAGCAAUGGUCAUGCAAAGAUAUUGCCACACGAAGCACCGAUGCGUCUUGGUAUUUAACCACCUUCAUGAACUCCCCUGUAAUGUUAGCUAUUCCCAGAGAUAUUGUAAUAAUACUGUAAAUGUUAUUCAGUACUUCAUUUUCCAUAAUAAAGUAAAAGUAACACAAGAA